CAUACGGUAAAGGGCUAAUUCGUCGCGUUUAGCAGUUGUGAUUAUUUUGGAAUAAAUCCAGAAGGACGCGGAGUUUUUCGGAUUCAGAGAACAGUUGUAGAGGAGAAGGACGGGUGUGGCGUUUGUCGGCCGGACUCGUGACUUGUCGCUAUGAUUAGCUAACCGGCAGCUAGCUGAGGACUCGCCGUUUGUGCCGAUGGUUUAUCUCAGCGCCUUUUCCGCUUGAACGGACGCAGGACACAGACCCGAACCAUGGCCCUGGCUCCGAAGGAGCUGUCGAACCUGCUGAGCAUCAUCUCCGAGGAAGCUUGCACCAACACCUUCGAGAGCCUCUCCACCGCCUUCCAUCACUUCUUCGCGAAGGCGGAGCACUUCCGGGUGGGUUCGGUUCUGGUCAUGCUGCUGCAACAGCCGGACCUGCUGCCCAGCUCCCCACAGCGGCUCACCGCCCUCUACCUGCUCUGGGAGAUGUACCGAACCGAGCCGCUAGCCGCCAACCCGUUCGCCGCCGUGUUCGCCCACCUGCUGAACCCGGCACCGGCCGGAGAGGAACCGGAGAAGCUACUGUCCGGUUUCCUUCCUCCCAUCACCCAGCCGGAAAAGUUCUUCCUGUCCCAGCUCAUGUUGGCACCACCGCGAGAUCUCUUCAAGAAGACGCCCAGACAGGUGUCCUGCAUGGACGUCGGCAACAUGCCUCAGUCUAUCGACAUCAGCGGGCUGCAGCUGGCUAUGGCAGAGCGUCAGUCUGAGCUUCCCACACAAAGCAAAGCCAGCUUCCCCAGCAUCCUGAACGACCCCGACCCCGAUUCAUCCAACUCAGGGUUUGACAGCUCAGUGGCCAAUCAGAUCUUGGAGUCCCUCGUGACGGGGCCCCGCCCACCGCUGGAGAGUCACUUCCGUCCAGAGUUCAUCCGGCCGCCGCCGCCGCUCCAUGUGUGUGAGGACGAGCUGGCAUGGUUGAACCCGACCGAACCGGACCACGCAAUCCAAUGGGAUCGCUCCAUGUGCGUGAAGAACAGCACCGGCAUGGAGAUCAAGCGCAUCAUGUCCAAAGCCUUCAAGAGCCCACUGUCGGCACCGCAGCAGUCACAGCUUCUGGCUGAACUGGAAAAGGACCCGAAGCUGGUUUACCACAUCGGCCUUUCCCCGGCAAAGCUGCCGGACCUGGUGGAGAACAACCCGUUGGUGGCCAUCGAGAUGCUGUUGAAGUUGAUGCAGAGCAGCCAGAUCACAGAGUUCUCUGUGCUGGUCAACAUGGACAUGUCGCUGCACUCCAUGGAAGUCGUCAACAGAUUAACCACAGCUGUCGAUUUACCACCGGAAUUCAUCCAUCUCUACAUCUCCAACUGCAUCACCUGUGAGCAAAUCAAAGACAAAUACAUGCAGAACCGUCUGGUCCGGUUGGUGUGCGUCUUCCUCCAGUCACUGAUCCGGAACAAGAUCAUCAACGUGCAGGAUCUCUUCAUCGAGGUUCAGGCUUUCUGCAUUGAGUUCAGCCGCAUCCGUGAGGCUGCCGGCCUCUUCCGCCUCCUUAAGACCCUGGACACCGGAGAAAACCCCACCGAGACCAAACCGACCAAGUGACGGUGCACGCGGCCCCCUGCACGCACCACAGUAUGAUCUUUAAUCCAACUCUGAGCGACUCCACGUUUUCAGUUUACCGUGUGUUUGAACGCUGUGGGAUUAACAAUCGACAAGGCCUUUUUGAAAUUCAGUUUAACACACAAAAUGGAACCAAGUCGUGAGAUUUGGAAGUCCUGUUGUUAAAUCCUUGGACACAGUUUAUCCUGGUCUCUUGUUCAGUUUAAUCUCUCCAUUAAAUAGACUGUUUCAGUAGUUGUUGUUAGGUUGUAUCUUCAGAUUUGAUUUACUUUGUCACCUCCCUGCACAAACACUCAACAGAUUUACUUUUCCUUGAAGCUCCCCGACACAGCUGUAGGUCUCUGCGUCUGUUCUGGAAGUUUUGGCAGAAUCCGUGGGAAAAGGUAGUGACCAGAGAAAUGUGAAACAAUCAAAACAUUACGUUUUGUGGCUGAGAUGGAAAUUGUAACAUUUUUUUAGUGUCUGAAUACACUCCAGAAAGUGCCAUAGUUUUGGUUUAUUUUAUCUGAGCUUUAAAUUUUAUUUUUAAAUAUUUUUUUUUUCCUAUUUCUGAAAAGAAUUAGCAGUACGACCAUUUUUACAACAUAAAAAUUCUAUUUAUUACUCUUCAUUUGGCAUCAAGUUUAUGAUUGGAAAUACACAAUUUUAUGUUUUACACAAGACAAAAAAAAAAAAUUCCCACAUGAUUAAAAUGCAGAUAUUUUGUUGUUCUUGUUGAGAGGAUUUUUUCUUUUUUAAAGCAGCACAACAGUUUACAGGUCAGAAAUGGCUGCACUCGAUCUGCAGUCGUACCGUUAGAAAGUAGAACGUUUACAUUGUACACAUCAGCUGUAUUUAAAAAAAAAAAAUAUAUGGUUUUGCACAAAAAAAAAUUAAUUUCAUUACACAAAACUGAGAAGCAGCAAAUGUUGCCAUUUAAAAUUUAAUUUCAACCCUAAGUCAGAAAAAGCUGAGACAAUAUGGAAAAAUGCAGCAAUUUUUAAAUUUAAUUUUUGUGUCAUUGCAGACAAAAUAAACCCAAAAUAUUCCAUGUUUCUGUGGACAACUUAAUUUGUAAUUUACAUCUGUCACUGCAUUUCAGCCCUCCAACGACAUCUGCAGAAACGUUACAAAAAACAAAAAAAAAGUAACAGACAUGAUGAGGGGCGGGGCCGACACCAACCACCCGCCCCGGUUGCUUUUCCUCAGUGGUGC